GCUGAGUUGUCAUCAUAUGGCUGUGGCUGUCAACAAUUGCCAUGGUUUGAACAAUAUUGUGUGCUCAAAAAUCAUGAAUCUGCAAUGUACACUGAAUAAUGGAGAAACAUGAUGUAUACAUUGAUGCCAAUGGAAUUCAACAUAAUGUUAUUAUUGCCCCCAUAGCAGAGUGGAACAGUGGGUCGAGAGUGGCCUUUGAUGUUGUUGUCAAUGCUGAUACAGAAUUUAAGACUGAAUGUAAUGAAGAAUCUGCAGCUUCAGAGUUGUCAUUUGGCACAUAUUAUGCAGAACAUGUGGAGGGUAUUAGAUGUCAUGUGAAUGAGCACUCAGUUACAGACACAUCAGGUGUGAAAUGUUCAGAAGAAGAGAAAGGGACUAUUACAACACAUCCUCAUGAUAUCAUCAAACACACUGUCAUUCCAGAAGUUCAUGCCUCUGCUGUAAAAAAGAUACCCAAAAUGGAUAAAAAUAAUCUCAAGGAUAUGAAAUCAAUUCAGCACUCUGAAUUUUUGCAAGAUACUGACACAUGCAAUGUACGCUCUGUUGAAAAAGAUGCACUUUUGACACAAAUACAUUCAUUCCUGAGCAGUCUCACUAUAAUUCAAGGGUGA